UUAAUGGAAUAUAUUACAUUUUAAUAUGCUAUAACAAUUAUUGCUAAUUUCCAGCGAAAAGCAAUAUGUUUGGCAGCACUAGUAGCCAUAAAAUCACACGUGCAAAAUAAAAACACAAUUGAUUUCAAAAUUCAUGCGUUUGUUUAAAUUUUUAGUUUACAUUUAAAAAUCACAAUUCACUAUGGACUUAGCAGGCGAAGCCUCAGCUGACAACUACGAUGACGAAGAAUUAUGUUCAACAACGUCGAGUGAAGGAUCGGAAGGUAAUUCAUCCGAAAUGGAAUUUGAUGAAGAUGAAACAACUUGUCUUUUCUGUAGUAAGAUUUUUAAAGGUGUAAACGCAGCUAUAGAUCAUAUCACAAAAGAACACAAUGUAAACUUUCGACAUCUGAAAUCUAAAUUUAAAAUGGAUCAAUAUUCAUUUAUUAAAUUAAUAAAUUAUAUACGCGCUGAAAAUGUAAGUCCCAAGGACUUAGAAUUGAUACAAGAUGUUUUAUGGGACGAUGAAAAAUAUUUAAGGCCCAAGGACUAUGAAACCUGGUUAACGUAUGAUUAUGAUGAGCUACUAGAGCUACCAACAAAUAAAAAUAACCAAAACAACGAAAAUAAAAAAGAAUUGUACACUAUUAUUAACUCAUUAAAAACUAAAAUAAGUGAACAAAAUAUGUUACUUGAAUUAGCCAGUGAAGAUAUGGAAAAAAUGCGUACCGGCGUCAAAAAUAUCUUUGCGGAAAAUGAUAUAUCUAAUGAUGAUAUCAGAGCGAAAAAAGCGUCUCUUAAGCCUGAUGACAGCUACUUUAGUGGCUAUGCACACUUUGGCAUACACCACGAAAUGUUAUCUGAUGUCGUUAGAACAACAACAUACCGUGAUGCACUUUUCAAAAAUAAGGAAUUCGUAAAAAAUAAAGCCGUUCUUGAUGUAGGCUGUGGUACCUCAAUCUUAUCAAUAUUUGCAUCGCAAGCUGGCGCAAAAACAGUUGUUGGAGUAGAUAAUUCAAAUAUUAUUUACCAUGCAAUGGAUAUUAUAAAAAAAAACAAAAUCCCAAAUGUAACACUGAUAAAAGGACGCCUCGAAGACACCACCCUACCCCAAGAAAAGUUUGAUAUAAUUAUAUCGGAAUGGAUGGGCUAUUUUCUUUUAUUUGAAGGCAUGUUGGAUAGUAUCAUAUAUGCUAGAAAUAAAUACCUAAAACCAGGAGGUAUAUUACUACCAAACCGUUGCACUAUGAGCUUAGUUGGCUACGGUAGUGAUGCACUAUUUAAACAACAUGUACAAUUUUGGGAUAAUGUAUAUGGUUUAAAUAUGUCGACAAUGCGAAAGGAGGUUUUACAUGAACCAUUAAUUGAUAUAGUUGAAGCAAAAUAUAUUUUAACCGAACCUAAUGAAAUAGCAAAUUUAAAUCUAGCUGUAGUUGACCUUGAUUAUUCCAACUUUUCAUAUAAUCUAAAAUUAAAAUGCACUAAAAGUGGAAAACUAUCUGCUUUCGUUGGCUAUUUUACUACCUACUUUGAAUUACCUGUACCAAUAAUGUUUGGUACAUCACCUGCGGAUAAACCAACCCAUUGGAAACAAGUUGUAUUUUUCUUAGAAAAACCACAAAAUAUUAAAGCGGGAGAUAUGGUGACUGGCUGUAUAACAUGUAAACGUAGCAGCAAUAAUACUCGAUCAUUAGAUAUAACAAUAAAAGCAUUUGGUAAAACUAACACUUAUUAUUUAGAUUAGCAUGUAAAAGAAUAUGUAUAAAUAAAUAUUAAAAACUAUAAUACCUAAA